AUGGGCGAAAACUGUGGAACAGACAUCACCCAGAAUGAUGGGGAGAGUUAUGUGAGAAGAAAGAAGAGGAAGAAAAAGAAAGAGAAGUCCAACUCCUUUUUCCCACUAGCAGAUAAUCAGGACAUCUAUGGAGUUCCUGAUAGCCCCAUUGCAUUAAGUGACUUAAGAAAAAGGCAAAGAAAGAAUUCCCAGGAAAUGACAUUGACAGAGAGAGAGGAAGAGGGCAGUACUGAGAACUCCAGAAGUAUCAGAGAGACCAAGAGGAAGAAGAAGAGAAGCAAAGAUAUUUCUUCCUUAACAUGUGAAGAUAAUCAAGACUACAGUCACAGAGUUCCUGAUAAGCAUCUCUCAGCACAGCAAAAAGUUGAGUCUGAGGAAGAAGAACUUUCUGGAGAAAAAAGCAGGAAGAAUAUCAAGGAUAAUAAUGAAAAACAUAUGGAUGAUGUAACUAUUGUGCAGGAAAAAAAAGGAAACUGUGAUGAAAUUAACAUAGACAAGGUGAGGCGGCAGGCUCUGCAAGAAGAAAUCGAUAGAGAAUCUGGCAAAACUAAGGUUUUCAGUCCCAAAGUGGAACGGGAUACCAAGUUUGGCCAGUGGAGUACAGCUGCUUUUCAAAGUUCUGAGGAAGAAAUGAAGUUUUUUAGACUGAUGGGUGGCUUUAAAAAGGGCUCUGCACCUAUCCAAAAUCUCUCAGCAACUACAAACAAACCGAACAUGGCUCUGAACAGGGAAGGGGAGGAGAGAUUACAGCAGGCUCUGAAGAUGGAAUUCGAUAAAGCAAUGGACUUGAAGCAACAUAGAGGAAUUGGUCUUGGAUUUCAACCUGCUGCCAACAAAAAAGUAUACAUAGACAAAUAUACAUCGAGAUCUAUAAAAUUUGAAGAUUAA